AUGUCGUUAUUAGAGAAUCCACCGAUGAAUGCACAAGAUAUAAUUCGCUACAUGAGAGGAAACAAAUCUCAUAUAAGUGGGAAAAAUGCAUUUUUUUUACAACUGGAGUAUUUAAAGAUAAAAUCUAUUAUACAUACGACGACGACCGAUAAAUCAUUAAAAGAACUUUGUAAUGACAUUUGGAUUUCCGCGUCACCUGAUCAAAGAAGAAAAUUCGACGUCUUGGCAAACAAAGUAAAUAACAUUAAUAAAAAAUUAAAAAAAAGACAUUUUCAUAAGCGUCCAAAUAAUAAUAAUAAUUAUGUGACUAAUCAAAAUAGUUCAAAUAGUUUGGCAUUUGACUUAAUAAAUGGAAUUAGAUUCCCUUAA